GGCAUGAACAUACCAACAAGAAACAAAUACCAACAGAAAAAGCAUCAAGAAAAGAGACAAUUUCUGGAGUUGUUCAAGUGAUCCAAGGCAGUAAAAAAUUACAGGUAUGCAACUGCUCCGUCUAAAUUCUGUAGUUUCCCACAAAUAUGAAUCUGCUUACAGAAAAGGACUAAAAAAACAGCACCCUCAGAUCUCUUGUUUUCUCCAACUCAAAAAGGCAAGCCCUCUCUCUUUUUCUUGGCCCCUUCAGAUAUCCACCUCUCUUUAUCCCUCUGGAUCUUCAGCUUCUGAUCUCAAAUCCCCUAUUACAGAAACAAAAAAGUCAGAAAAAACACACUGAUAAAAAUGUCUCCAUGUGACACAAAACAUGUAGGGAGAGCAAGAUCUUCACAAAGAAGAAAACAAACAAGGGGGCAUCACUCAUAUAUAGAUGGAUUCUCACUUUGUGGCUGCUCAUGACACAGAUCGUGAGACUGUCGGUACAUCACGCACUGUGUUGCCGGCAAACACCGACCAAACGCUGGAUGCAUCGUCUAAUCACACCCCAAACGAUGACAAUGCAAAUGAGGAUGAAGGAAUGCCGGAGGUGAUGUCCACGCCACAGCAACCCACAGCCAUGAUGAGAUUUGACACUCUUGAGGAUGCUGAGAAACACUACAAAAUGUAUGCGAGGCAGAAAGGUUUUGGAGUAAGGUAUUGUUUCCGAAAAAGGUCAGAGGCUAGUGGUGAACUGAUAAGAGCAUCACUUGUCUGUCAUAGAGCUGGGUUGAAGAUCAAUAGGAAAGUAGACACCCAAAACCCGCAACCUACUGCCCCUGAGAGGAGGAGGAAUACAACUGAAAGAACAAACUGCCCAGCCCGUAUGUUUGUGAAGUGGAGAGAUAAUGCAUGGCUUUGA